UCCCUGUAAUGGAAGAGUGACUGUACAGCCCAGAUAUCCCCCAGAGCUGCUUUGGGAAGCCAGGAGCUGCUGAAAAUGUCGAGCAGGUACCACAAAGCAGCGGCCGAUGGCAACGUGGACCUGUUGAAAGAGGCCACUAGGAAAGACCUCAACACUUCUGAUGAAGAUGGGAUGACACCCACCCUUCUGGCAGCCUACCACGGGUACCUGGAAGCUCUGGAGGUCAUUUGCCGGAGGGGGGGUGAUCCAGACAAGUGUGACAUCUGGGGGAACACGCCCCUGCACCACGCUGCCUACAAUGGCCACAUCCACUGUGUCUCUUUUCUGAUCAACUUUGGUGCCAACAUCUUUGCUCUGGACAAUGACCUGCGUACUCCCCUGGAGGCAGCUGCCAGCAGGGACCGCAAGGAGUGUGUCCAGAUCCUGGACAAAGCUGCCACGGAGCAGAACUUGCUGAAUCCAAAGAAGGUCUCCAAACAAAAGGCACAGGCCCAGAGGAACGUGGAGAGACAAGUCAAGGAAUGUGAGAAGCGCCAAGAGAAACACCAGCAUGAAAUGAACCGAAAUUACAUUAAAGAAAAGGUUGGCACAAUGGAUUCUUCCAAAGGAACACACUCCAGGGUAAAGUUGCCCAGUCUAUUUGCUUCAAAUACCACAAGUACUUUAACUAAAAACCUGAAAGAUACCUUGAAACUCAAGACAAAAAAGACAGCCAACAGCACAAGACAGCAGGAAACACAAAGAAAUGACCAAGAGGAUGAUACCCCUAGGAGAAGUGUGAUGCAUUUGUUUGAUGAGAAAGAGGAGGAUGAAUUACUGAACGACCUUGAAGAGAAAAACCUUGCUGGUAAUGACAGUCAGCUCUCCAUUUUUCAGAGGCCAGGUCUUGGCAAGAUUGUGUUUGGAAGGAAUUUGGCUGCAGAGGUAAAUCCUGAAACAGUGUCUUCUGAGAAAGAAGGUACGAGAGUUACAAUGGCCAGUGAGCUCUUCCAGUAUGAAAAUGCUGAGAAUGGCAGGGAGGAUGAUGAUGAAAACAGUGCUGGUGUCCCUUGGAAUGAGGAAGAAGUCAUUUGGGAUGAUGAGGAAACAGAGAAUACGCCCCUUGAGGUAUUUCUGGCAUCACAGAUGCUGGAUGAAUUUCUUCCAGUCUUCAUGAGGGAAAAAAUUGAUUUAGAUGCUCUGAUGCUAUGUUCUGAUGAAGAUCUACAGAGCAUUCAGAUGGAGCUUGGGCCAAGAAAGAAAGUCUUGAAUGCUGUGAAUAAAAGAAAACUGGCACUCAAGAACCCUGGAAAAACAGUAGAUACUUGUUUAUAAGUUAUUAUAUCUGUUGUUGUAACCUACACAUUGAUUCAUUACCUUUCCCUCUCCAAAGAGCGUGCAAUUCUUCCCAGAAGUUUGCUAAAGCAAAAGGCAGAGAGGUUACCAAUUGCUUUAGGAAAUACAGCAGGGAUAACAUUUUUCUCUCUGGAUAGGUACUUGUGGUAAACAGGAUAUUAAGUAAAGUAUCAUUCUGCCAAAAAGCAAGAAUGUGAAGGUAAAAACCCAAAACCUUCUUCUCCCUACUGUUUAUGUGGAUUGGAUUUCUUUUGGUCCAGAUAAUUUCAAGCAUCAGUGGAGGCCAGGCCCACUGCAUUCCUUAAUAAAGGCCUUCCUUUCUUCUCCAAAACCACAAUGCAAAGAGCAUUCUCAGAGCUUGAGAGCUUUGAGUUUUCUCAAAGCUUGCUUCUGUAAGAUCAGUAAAACCACUCUUCCUGGUACUGAUGAUAUGUUAGAAAAGGAAUCUGAAUCUUGAUUUUAGCUGUGGUUUAUUGACCCUAAUCACCUCUGAAUUAAUGUAAAUAAGACUAAUUUACAUCAAGUUUCAUAUUUUUGUUAGUAAAGUUUGUAAUUCUGUAUUGACAGUAAUUUUAAAAUACAUGGAGUAUCUUCCCAAGAGAUGUUCAGUGUCAGCUGUAUAUUCCUUUCUCAUCUCAUUAGACUGGAUCUAGUUGCCUGGACCCAUCAUGUCCUAAAUAUCAUCAAGGCUGCAAUACUUUUAACUACAAGAAGCAGAGGUUUAAUUUUCAAAAUUUUGGAUCUAUUUUGGUACACCCUCAACUUGAUUCCUAUAAGGCUGCAUUUUCCAUGCAAAGUCCCAGAGAUGAGGAUUCUUAUCACACACCAUUUUCUGUGGGUUGUUGUCAGCCUUAGCCUGAGAGCUGUGCAUCACACACACACACACUCUGAAAAUAAGUUCAUGAAAAUAAAAAAUGUCCCUAAACUAGGACAGCUGUGCUGCUGUGGAAGCUUCUGCUCCUCACAAUCUAUCUGGAGACAUUCACAGCAGGGUUCCCCUGUUCCUUUGGGAAGCCAGCAUUAUCAGAUGUAAAUUAAUCACUCCUGUUGAAUUUUGUGAAUCUAAUAAAGUGCUUGUAGUAGCCAUGCCCUGGCUAAGAUCACAGAUUUUAGAUGCACAUUUAUUAGUAGAAUAUUUCUCUUUAAAGAUCUUUUUAUAGCUUUCCAUUAGCCAGCUAUGUUUUUUUCUUAGGGGUAUGCUGCAUUUGUGGACACUAAUCCUGGUUAAUGAUCUGGUUUUUCAUGUUUCUUCUUUCUGUAUCAUCUUGUGACUGUGAUUUGUGUAUUAUAAUAUCUUUUCUUGGCUGGACUUUAUACUGCAUUCUUCCCUGCUUGGAUUCCUGUACACGGCAGGCUGAUAUGUUCUUAUAUUAAGCAAUCACAUCAAAGUCCUGUUCUGUGCAACCUUCCAUGAUUGCUGUGCUCAGCAAUCCAGACACCUUCCCCCCAGACUCUGCCUGCUUGUUUCCAUUUUGGCUAAGAAACUCCCAAAUGUUUAACAAAUCAAGAAGGAACCAAUUACCCUUUCAUAUUUGAAGGCAUAUGACAGGUGGAUUUCCAAUCCCCACCUGCUGGAGAUGCAGAUGCUUCCCGUUCCUGCUGAGGCCAGCCCAGCCUCAUCCGCCUCUGCAUCCUCCAGUCCCUGCAGCAGCUGAAUUCCACACCCCCAGCACACAGGGCUGACACAAGGUCUGUGCUGCUCCAGUGACUCCUCUCUGCUGCAAAGUGCUGAUCAUGAUGCACCUUUUUCAGGCCAGAUUUUAAAUAAGUGGGUUGGAUUCACUGUCCAGGAAGUGCUUUCAAAAACUCUAAGCAUGAAAAUGCCUGUCACCAGUGGGAGGUUAUUGCAGGUAGAGGAGAAGGCACUGCAGGGGGAAUCAGGAACCAAGGGUUGACAAAUUGCACUGAAAAAUCUGCUUCUGUGCUUCCUCAUCUGCAGCCUGUGGCAGCCAGAGAGAACAGCAGGGACCAUCUGCACAUAAACAACUCAGUUGUCACAGGCCUCCUCAGUGCUCAGGCACCUCCUUAGGUAUUUGCAGUGACUGUGCAGCUACAAGGAACAGCACCAGACCUGUAGGAGGCCCUUGAUCUCCAGAAACUGCAUCAAGAGACUAAGAAACCCUACGGCACCCCAUAUGACACUUACUUUUAGGCAACUGAAUAAAUUUUUAAUUUUUAUUCUUUUUAAUUAAAAAAAAAGUGCAAGAGUGCUAGCCCUUUUCUUAUGGGAUGCUAUAAAGCAGCCCUCAGGAAAAUAAUUGGGGGAAAGAUUAAUAGAAAGGAAGACUCACAGUUCAUGGUUUUUUGGUUUUUCCACUCAUGUGCUUUGCUGUUUUCAGAUUUUUUUACCAAGCCCUCGGUUCCUUUAGAGUUUGAAAACACUGGAAUCCUAGCUGAGACUCCUUAGGAACAUUUGUAUAGCUCAGUUCAGUUGGAGAGGCUUUAUGUAUCACAUGUGCAAUCCCAGAGCAGAACCCAAACCAUAAAACCAGGCAAUCUCACAUGAGCACAGCCCUGCCAAGUACAAGGUUCUCCUUCCUUAAGGAUUUAAUACUCUGCACUGCACAGACAUGAAGGAAAUGUGCAGCAUGGGACAACUGCAAAACUGAAUAUCACAGAGGAACAGAGCACUCCCUAUUUCUUCCAUUUACAUUCACUGAUCACAUCUACUGAGAAAGCAGUCACUGCAACAACUUGAGAACUUUAUUUCUUCAAAUAAAUCAACCAUAAACCAGAAAAGAAAUGGACAACAAAAUGGAAGUCAAAG